UCUACAAUUCUAUCCAUGCCAUUCUCAUUUUCAUUAUCAGACACUAUUCCGUUUCAACGACCAGUUGACAUCCUUCCAGUCUAUGUGAGCCUGCAGUAUAUAACUGCACUAGGGAUGGUCUCGGAUAAACACUUCACCCGUUACUCCGGCAUUUGCACUGGAUCCGUAUGGCUUCUCCUUGGUGGGUUGACUUUUCCGAACAGUCAGAAAUAGCACCCAGCAAACCGCAAACCCCAAUAGAGCCUCAAUGAGAGAUAGCUUUUGCCUAACGAAGCUAAAAAUAUUAACAAGCCACAAACGAGGGGAUACUAUUCGUCUUUGGUAAAAAAAGAACCCCAGCGUACCGUGCUUGGAGGAAUCUAUUAAACGCUCAAUCCAGCAGGGAACUAAAGGAAUCUCGGAUGAGCACCGAGAGCAUACUCAAAGGGCAUAGUGUCCCAGAUAUACUCCCCGAGAAUCUCCCGGUUCUCCAAUAACCGAUUGAUAGCUUCCAGGCAGCUCUUGGCAUCACAACUUGAAAUUGCCGUCGCUCGCCUUUCUGUACAACCUAGUGACUGCUGUCAACUUCGCACAAUAUCUUUCUGGAGGCAGCAUGUUAAUCGAGCAGCCGCAUGCAUGGGAUAAUCCUCUCAGAGGGAAGCAGCACAAUGAAAUCGAAGACAUAAACUUUCGCGAUUCCAAUUACGGCCGAACUCCCUUGUUUUGGGCCGCCGAAGAUAAUCAGACCGAGACGAUCAAGUUUCUCCUCGAAUCGAAAGCUGAUGUCAAUGCCCGCGAUCGUCAUGGUCGAACUCCGUUGUUCUGGGCCGCCAAGAACAAUCAUUUUCUUGCGGUCAAACUUCUUCUUGAAUGGAAUGCGGACGUCAAUGCCCGGGAUCAUCACGGCCAGACGCCGUUGUUUUGGGCCGUUGACGAUGAUCAGAUAAAUGCGAUCCAGAUUCUUCUCAAAUGGAAUGCAGCUAUCGAUGCCCGUGAUCACCAGGGCCAAACCCCGUUAUUCUGGGCUGCUCAACGCGGCAAGGUUGGUGCGAUCAAGCUUCUCGGUAAGCGAGGUGCUGAUCUCGAUGCUCGCGACGAUGAGGGUCAAACUGCCUUGAUCUUGGCGACUCAGGGUUUUUGUCGUGAGGCUGUCAGCUCUUUACUGUCGGCAGGUGCCAAUCCUGAUAUCGAAGACAAAUGCGACGGUCGGACUCCGUUGUCUUGGGCAGCGGAGACAGGCUAUGAGGAGAUGGUAAAGAUACUAGUGGAUGGAAACGCUACAGUCGAUGCAGCAGAUGAAUCACAUCGAACCCCACUGAUGUGGGCCGCGAUGAAGGGUCAUGCUAAAGUCGUCAUGAUCCUACUUCAAAAUAACGCAAAUGCUAGCUUGGAAGACAUCGAUAAUCGGACAUCGUUUUCAUGGGCUAUGGAGCAUGGACAUAAGCAUGUUAUUCAAGUGUUGGAGAGACAUUUUUCUCAAGCGAGACAAACUAACAUACCUGUGCCUCCCACAUCAAGUGUCUCUAGCCUUGACGCAUUGCGAGAGUUAUCUCUGACCGAAACACCCUCCGGGGAUCCCAUUCGCCUCGGUAAUCAGUUGAUAUCAGCAAUUGAUGACGGAAAUGAGAAUGAAGCUCAACGUCUUGUCCGAGAAGGGGCUAGCUUGAAUUCACAAGACGAGAACGGAAUGACACCGCUUUCCAAUGCUGCAAGGCUUGGACAACUGAACAUAGUUAUUCUCCUACUGUCAAUGGGUGCGGAUGUAGAACCAGUGGACGCUUUCUCUCGGACUCCCCUUUCAUGGGCUGCAGAAGAGGGCCAUUCCGACGUGGUUAAGGUACUCAUCGAGAGCGGCGCCGAUGUUGAUCUCGGUGAUGAGGAGGACAUGACACCCCUUUCAUUUGCAGCGUCUGCGGGACAUGACACCGUCAUCGCUAUGCUGCUAGACGCCGGGGCAGAUCCUGAUAACCAAGACCAAAAUGGCGAUACCGCAAUAUCACUCGCAGCGGACGCAGAGGAAUUCUCGACCGUGACUUUAUUAUUAGAGAGGGGUGGUAUGCCGGAUGGACAUGGCGAUUCGUCGCCGUUACAGUGCGCCACAGAUGCCGGCAAUACAGCGCUGGUCAAGUUAUUGCUUGCGAAAGGUGCAGAUCCGUAUUCUGAUGCCUAUAGCAUUAGUGAAUAUCCCCCUUUGGCCGUUGCAGCAGAAAGGGGGAACGAGGUGAUUAUGAAGCUGUUGUUAGAAUGCAACAUCGGAUCGGAUGAAACCAAAAAGGAGCAUGUUCGAAGAGCUUUGACGGAAGCUUCUUCGCAAGGCCAUGCUGGGAUUGUGCGAAUUUUGCUCGAUCAAAACCCUUUUGAUGGUAUUGAAAACGUCAACUUGGAAUCAGAUGCGCUCUAUUGCGCCGAAUCUGAGGGUUUCGACGAGGUUGCCCGUCUCUUACGGCCUUAUUUUUCAAAUUGAGUAAUUCGUCAUUGGGUCAUGCGAGUAAGCAAAAUCGCUUGAUGCUCUGGCACCUAGGUAUCAAUACUUGCCACAAUCCUCAUACUAUAUGGUCAGGCUCCACUUGAUAAUAAUGUCAGGCCCAUACCCUCUUGGUGUGGAAUGCCUAAGGCAAUACGCCAAGCCAUUCGUGUUUGCUCGAGCGCUGUCCUCUACACCCAAUUUCAUCCUCUGCAACCAUCUUUUUUAUCAACCCUAAUAAUUACUCUCGUGUAUUUCAUCAUCAUUU